UUGCUUAUAGCAUCCAUCUGCACACGACAGACUGUCACCGUGGAGCUGCGCGGUGGUUAAUGAUAGUGGAGUUUUAAACGGUGUUUUAACGGUUUUAAAACAUUUUUAGUCGCUCGUGUCUUACGCUCGUUUACGAUGCCAACCAGGACGUCCCUGCCUCUCCCGGACGAUGUCAGGAAAAGCUUGCAGAGGUUGGAUGAGGAAGGAUCUGCAGAAGAGGAACAUGUGAAAGAGAAGCUCAAGUUGGUGCAGGACUUUCUGCAUGCUGAUGCUCAGGAUCAGCUGACCAGUCUGGAGGAAAAAAUGAAAAGUUCAGAGAUCUCAAAGGAGGUCUAUAUCUCUAAAGUGAAGGCCCUACUUGGAAAAGAACUUCAUCUUGAAAAUGGCUCCCACGUUGAUGACGCAGAGAAGAAUGGAAAGACGAAUGGCUUUUCAAAUGGUUCGCACAAAGACGAGCAUGAUGAAGAUGUAACCAUGAGCGUACAGGAGGAGGAGGAAUCUUUCAAGUCACCAACUGCUUCGAAGGGGAAGGGUGGACGGAGGAGCAAGGCAAAUUCUGACACAAAAAAGUCUCCAGCAAGUACCAGGGUUACCAGAAACAGUGGGAAACAGCCAACCAUCUUGUCAAUGUUCACUAAAGUUCAGAAGCGCAAGUCAGAGGACUUGAAUGGAGAAGCUGUCAACGGACAGAAUGAACCGAAGAAAGAUGAUGACGUUGAGGAGUCUCGGGAGGAGAAGCGUCUCAAAGUGGAGUCGGAUGAAAAUGCUGCUCCAGAAGAAUCCAAGAGUGACAUUGCAAAGCCGGUUUCUGCUGUAAAGACGCCACCACCCAAAUGUCAAGACUGUAGACAAUACCUAGAUGAUUCUGACCUGAAGUUUUUUCAAGGGGAUCCUGAUAAUGCGCUGGAUGAGCCUGAAAUGUUAACAGAUGAGCGCCUCUCACUGUUUGACUCCAAUGAGGAUGGAUUUGAGAGCUAUGAGGAUCUGCCACAGCACAAGAUCACAAACUUCAGUGUUUAUGACAAGCGUGGCCAUCUCUGUCCAUUCGACUCUGGACUUAUUGAGAAGAAUGUUGAGCUUUACUUCAGCUGUGUUGUCAAACCCAUCUAUGAUGACAACCCUUGUAUGGAUGGUGGUGUUCCUGCCAAAAAGCUGGGACCCAUCAAUGCCUGGUGGAUCACUGGUUUUGACGGUGGAGAAAAAGCUUUGAUUGGUUUCACUACAGCUUUUGCUGACUACAUCUUAAUGCAGCCCAGUGAGGAGUACGCUCCAAUCUUUGCACUGAUGCAAGAGAAGAUCUAUAUGAGCAAGAUAGUGGUUGAAUUCCUCCAGAAGAAUCCUGAUGCUACCUACGAAGACCUACUCAAUAAGAUUGAGACAACUGUGCCUCCUGCAGGACUAAACUUCAACUGCUUCACUGAAGACACACUCCUGCGCCAUGCCCAGUUUGUUGUAGAGCAGGUGGAGAGCUACGAUGAGGCUGGUGAUUCGGAUGAGCAGCCAAUCAUUGUUACUCCCUGCAUGAGAGACCUGAUCAAGCUUGCAGGAGUCACUCUAGGAAAAAGGAGGGCUGCCAGAAGACAGGCUAUUCGUCACCCAACAAAGAUAGAAAAAGAUAGUAAGGGACCAACUAAAGCAACCACUACAAAGCUGGUCUACCAGAUCUUUGAUGCAUUCUUCUCUGAUCAGAUAGAGCAGAAUGAUAAAGAAAGUGCCAUGAAAAGACAGCGCUGUGGUGUCUGUGAGGUUUGUCAGUCUCCUGAUUGUGGAAAGUGUGCAGCUUGCAAAGACAUGAUCAAAUUUGGAGGAAGUGGAAAAAGCAAACAAGCUUGUAAGCAGAGAAGAUGCCCCAACCUUGCAGUGAAGGAGGCUGAAGAUGAUGAGAACAUUGAGGAGGAAGAUGUUCCUGUGGAGAAGCCUAAAAAGGUUCCUCAUGCCAAAAGAAAGAAGCAGACCCAGUGCAAACUUACAUGGAUUGGAGAAUCUAUUCACACUGAAGGGAAGAAGCAAUACUACAGGAAGGUCUCUUUGAACGAUGAACUGCUGGAGGUAGGAGACUGUGUCUCAGUUUCAUCAGAGGAUCCAUCCAUUCCUCUGUAUCUGGCAAGGAUCACGUCAAUGUGGGAGGAUAAUAAUGGAAAGAUGUUCCAUGCCCACUGGUUCCUUCGUGGAAUAGAGACGGUGCUCGGUGAGACUUCAGAUCCACUCGAGCUUGUCAUUGUGGAUGAAUGUGAGGACAUGCUGCUCAAUUAUGUCCAAGGCAGAGUUAAUGUUAUGUAUAAGGCCCCAUCGAACAACUGGUUUAUGGAGGGUGGUAUGGAUGUUGACCUCAAGGUGAUUGAGGAUGACGGGAAGAGUUUUUUCUAUCAGUUCUGGUAUGACACAGAAUAUGCGAGGUUUGAAAUGCCUCCGAAGACGUCUCCAUCAGAAGAAUGCAAAUUCAAGUUCUGUGGCAGCUGUGUUAGGAUUAAAGAGCGAGAGGAAAACGAUAAGCCUCAUGUAUUUGAACCCCUGGAGAAUGAAGACCAUGACACAAAGGCUUUGUAUGCUAUGGCUUGCUUUAAGGGAGAACAGUUCAGGGUGGGAGACAGCGUCUACCUUCCCCCUGAGGCUUUUAAUUUCAGUGUGAAGCCAGCCAGUCCAGUGAAGCGAUCCCACAGGAAGGAUGAUGUGGAUGAGGAUCUGUAUCCUGAGUAUUACAGGAAGUCCUCAGACUACAUCAAGGGCUCAAACCUGGACGCUCCUGAGCCCUUCCGUGUUGGGCGCAUCAAGGAGAUCUUCUGUCACAGGCGUAGCAAUGGGAAACCUGACAUGUCAGACGUCAAACUGCGACUCUACAAGUUCUACAGGCCUGAGAACACACACAAAGGUGUCAAAGCUAGUUACCACACAGACAUCAAUCAGCUGUACUGGAGUGAUGAAGAAGUGACCGUAAACAUGGGUGACGUACUCGGCCGCUGCCAGGUAGAAUAUGCAGAGGACCUGAAUGAAUCCAUCCAGGACUACUCCAGUGUUGGACCUGACCGCUUCUAUUUUCUUGAGGCCUAUAAUGCAAAGGCAAAAAGCUUUGAGGAUCCCCCAAAUCAUGCUCGUUCAACUGUCCAUAAAGGAAAAGGAAAGGGCAAAGGAAAAGGUAAAGGCAAAGGAAAAGCUUCAGCUGCACAGGAACAGCUGGACUCACAGCCACAGCCUAAACCUAAAGUGCCCAAGUAUCGCACAUUGGAUGUGUUCUCUGGCUGUGGUGGACUUUCUGAGGGAUUCCACCAGGCUGGUAUCUCGGAGACACUCUGGGCUAUAGAGAUGUGGGAGCCAGCAGCACAGGCCUUCAGACUGAACAACCCAGGCACCACGGUGUUCACUGAGGACUGCAACGUCUUGCUGAAGUUGGUCAUGUCUGGAGAGAAAACAAAUUCUCUUGGCCAGAAGCUGCCUCAGAAGGGUGAUGUGGAGAUGCUGUGCGGAGGGCCUCCUUGUCAAGGGUUCAGUGGGAUGAACCGCUUCAACUCUCGCACUUACUCCAAAUUCAAGAACUCACUUGUUGUCUCCUAUCUUAGCUACUGCGACUACUACAGACCCAAAUUCUUCCUGCUUGAGAACGUGAGGAACUUUGUGUCAUUCAAAAACUCUAUGGUCCUGAAGCUCACACUGCGCUGUCUUGUGCGAAUGGGAUACCAGUGUACCUUUGGUGUCUUGCAGGCCGGUCAGUACGGUGUUGCGCAGACCCGGCGCAGGGCCAUCAUCCUGGCUGCUGCUCCUGGAGAGAAGCUGCCACGCUAUCCUGAGCCUCUGCAUGUGUUUGCCCCCAGAGCUUGCUCUCUCAGCGUUGUGGUGGGUGAAAAGAGAUACGUCAGCAAUGUCACACGAGGCAAUGGUGGAAUCUACAGAACUAUCACUGUCAGGGAUACCAUGUCUGACCUGCCAGAGAUUCGCAAUGGUGCAGCUGCAUUGGAGAUUUCCUACAAUGGGGAGCCCCAGUCUUGGUUCCAGAGGCAGAUCAGAGGCACACAGUACCAGCCUAUCCUCAGAGAUCAUAUCUGCAAAGAUAUGAGUGCACUGGUUGAGGGUCGGAUGCGUUACAUCCCCUUGGCUCCAGGCUCCGACUGGAGGGAUUUGCCCAACAUCGAGGUCCGACUGAAGGAUGGCACCCUGACUAAGAAACUGCGUUACACACAUCAUGAUAAGAAGAAUGGGCGUAGCGGCACCGGUGCACUCAGAGGUGUUUGCACCUGUGCAGGAGGUAAGCCUUGUGACCCUGCAGACAGGCAGUUUAAUACCCUGAUCCCCUGGUGUCUGCCCCACACUGGGAACCGCCACAAUCACUGGGCGGGACUCUAUGGCAGGUUGGAAUGGGAUGGUUUCUUCAGCACAACAGUCACCAAUCCUGAACCAAUGGGCAAGCAGGGCCGUGUACUCCAUCCUGAGCAGCACAGAGUUGUCAGUGUGAGAGAGUGUGCACGCUCUCAGGGGUUCCCUGACACCUACCGCUUCUUUGGAAACAUCCUGGACAAACACAGACAGGUUGGAAAUGCUGUGCCCCCUCCGCUCUCCAGGGCCAUUGGGCUUGAGAUUAAGAGGUGCAUCACGGAAAGGAUGAAGGAAGAACAAGCAUCAGAGAACAUUAAACAAGAGAAGAUGGAGCUCUCUGAUUAAGCGUGUAAAGUUUUCAUCAAGAAUCACUUCUGCAAAUCCUGAUGCUGGUGAAAUGAUUUCUCUUAAAUAAGUUGCGAUUUAAUGGCGUCACCAAGUGGCCGCUAUGGACUUUCUAUGUAGUACCAUUCCACAUUGAGUUUUAAAUGUGCUUUUAAUCAUGAUGUUGUUGCUGUUGUUGUUAAAUGUUCACCUAAUGUGGGAUAAAUUGUAUGUAGUUUUUAUAUGUAAUAUUUCAAAUAAAUCUUACGAAAUUGUA